AUGGGAAAAAGAGUCCGUGAUAAGAGACCUGAUGUGGCAGAGGAGAAUAAUAGUAGUGGUGCUAGCACCAGUGCCAGUGCCAGUACUAGUCAUCAUGGAAGAACUUGGAGCAUUCUUAACAUUAUGAAGUAUCAUCAUUGGCCUCAUAACGUCAAGAAAAGGCUCACACACAAGAAGAAUGCUGCUGGAAAAAAUCCUGAUGGUGGAGCUGAUAAUUUGCAGGACUAUGAACCGAACUCAAAUUUAUAUGAAGAAAUGUCCGUACAGUCCACUUCACCAGCCAAACAUUCUGUGAAAGCCAGACUAAAAGCACUUCUUAGUGAUGAGAUAGCCAGAAAGAAGGGUCAGCAUAAAAGAAGUUCAACCUACCCUGCAAAGCCAAGACCACCAAUCAAAGCAGUUUCUAUUCCCAGUUUAGAUCACUCAGAUGUUAAUCUCGUCUCUGAAUCGGUUCCAACAGAAAAUAAUCCUAAAAUGGCUCCACAUACUACUGAGACGUUGGAGAAUUUGCCAUUAGCAUGCUCAACAGCCAAUAAGGAGAUCUGUGUAGAGUGUGGGACCAUGUUUUCUAGUGGUUCAAUGGAGCAUAAUAGUAUGGUUCAUAAACAUCAGAAACCGCCAUCAGAAUAUCACAAAGCAUUGAUGAAGGAAACACUGAGUUGUGAAGAGAAGUCCAUGCAUGCCAAGUUACUCACAACUGACGUGUCACCUUAUCUAUUUAAGGAUUUCUUGGAUGCUCUUGAUAUGAUAAAUUCAAAUAAGAAUUUGCUGUUAAAAUUUCUGCAGCAUCAACAUUCUCCUUUGGCAUGCCAUUUUCCCAACCAACAGGAAUCAGCAAGAAAGAUAAGACUAAAUAAGUCUAUUUCAUUUCCUGUACCUGGCUCGUCGUCAUCAUCAUCCCAAUUUAAAAGACAAAACACAAACAAAAUGGCAGAUGAAAUGCUCAAAUCAAGAGAGGUACAAAAUGAUGGUCAAACACAAAAGGUAAUAUCUCCGUCUGAAUCUUCAGAAAAAAGUGACCAGCAGCAGCCUGUUUCGUUGGACUCUACUUAUUAUGCAUCAUUACCACCCCGGGUUCGAAAUCCUAGGGCUAUUAAGCGUUUCAAGGAUCUUAGACAGAAGGUGAAACAUGUUCUUGAAGAGAGCAAAAAUGAGAAACGCCGCAUAGCCAUGGAUGCUGUGUAUGACAAAAUUCCUCAUGGAAAUAAAGUUCCCAUAGAAUUGAAGAGGAAGAUUCCCAAAGUUCCCAUAGAUACUAUUUCACCAAGUGAAUUUGGCAAUUUUAAAAAACGUCAGAUAUCUCCAAUGAGGACUGCAUCUUUGAAUGAAUCAGUUUGGAAAUAUUCUCAGCUUUACGAGACUUGUUUUAACAAAGGAACUAGGUACCCUAAGUCUGAGAGGUUAAAGGCGAAAAUGGAGGAGAAAAAUCCAAUAUUAAGGACCCCAAAAUCCUUUCAAAGGUUUCUUUCACUGCCUAAUCUUAAAGAUUACUUUUCUCAAAAUGAGGAGCCUUCUUCUGUUUUACCUCCCCAGAUUCCAAUUAGGAAAUUUGGAGAGAGAACCGCUAGCCCAAGCACUAGUGUAGAUAACAUUACAACUCCAGAAAGUGUUUUAAAAGGUGUCCAAAGAGGAAUAGCCAUCAGAAGUGAUACAGGGUUGGCAUCAGAUGAGGACAAGGAGUCAAAUCAAAAUGAAAGUGUAGGAAUUGAUGAUUAUUUCGGAAAAGUAACAGACAGUGAGAUGAAUGAAUCAACUUCUAUUGUCGCUGAAACAAAAUCAAUCUCCUUCUCUGGCUCCAGCUUCCUAGAUGAUUCAGUUAGCUCUGAUGAGAGGCUAUCUUUACCAGAAGUUUCCUACUUCACCAUCUGGUUACGGUUGAAUGGAACAGAAUCACAAAUAAAGCCAUGGCCAACUGAUGGAUUGGAUCAUCUGGCAGAGCAACUUCAAGAGCUUGACAUUGCAGACUAUCAUGAAUUAGUGAGUAGUGAAAAUGAUUUUCAGAAAUUUAGCACUUUGAACAAGCAUUUGGACUUGGGGAUUCCUAGCCUUGGAGUGGACACAGAUAGUGUGGCUGAAUUUAACUAUGUGAAAGAUGUAUUAGAGCUAUCUGGGUUAUCCACAAGUCAUGAAUACCUUAGCACAUGGUUUUCCAACGAGCAACCAGUUGAUCCUACAGUGUAUGAUGAAUUAGAAGGUUGCUUACUAUUUGAUCCUCAAAGUGCUCGUAACGAAGAAACCAGGGCUCACUGCAACCAUUUGAUUUUGUUUGAUUUAAUCAAUGAGGUAUUGAUUGAGAUUUUUGGGAGAUCAUACAGUUAUUACCCAAAGUCGUUAUCUUCUCUCUGUCAUGUUUAUCCAAUACGAGUAGGAGACCAAGUUCUAGGACAAGUGUGGACACUUAUCAAGUGGUAUCUGAACUUGAAUUCAGAGUUUUAUCCAUCUUUGGAUUACUAUGUUAGCAGAGACUUGGCAAGAAGUGAUGGGUGGAUGAAUCUCCAGUUUGAUUCUGAAUGCGUGGGGCUUGAGUUAGAUGACCUUAUUUUCGAUGAUCUUUUGGAGGAGAUCAUCUGCAAUUGA